AUGACUGAAGAAAAGAAGAAACCUCAGUCAUAUGCUGGUAUACCAGAGGCUCAGUUCCUGGAGGAUGUUGACAGCUUUAUGAAGGAACAGGGCCCCGAAGUCACAGUGGAGAUGAUCCUCAAGAGACUUGAGGAGCAGCAUCAGAAAUACAAGUUUAUGGAACUGAACCUUAUGUCGAGGCGGAAGCGGCUGAAGUCACAAAUCCCUGACAUUGAGGGCUCACUGAAGAUUGUCAAACAAAUGCAGGAGCAGAAGGGCAAGGAGGGUGUCAUUUCGUCUCACUUCCUGCUGUCGGACCAGGUGUACGCCAAGGCCGAGUCGACGCCGUCGGAGACCGUCUGCCUCUGGCUGGGCGCCAACGUGAUGCUCGAGUACUCGCUCGACGACGCCAACAAGCUGCUCUCCGACAACCUCAGCAACGCCUCCAAGAACCUGGGCCAGGUGGAGCACGACCUGGACUUCCUGCGUGACCAGUUCACCACCGUCGAGGUGAACAUGGCGCGCGUCUAUAACUGGGACGUGAAGAAGCGACAGGCGGCCAAGGCGGCCGGCGCGACGCUAUGA